UUGGGACAUUUGAAAAUAAAUAAAACAAAAAUAAAAAGUGUCGAAUAUAUUGAUCUUGAUGACCGCUUGUUGGCUAACGGUUAGAAUUCAAAAGCAAUGGCGAUGGAGAUAGAAACGCAAACCCAAUUAGGGUUUCCUUUCUGGAGACCCAUACGUCGACGUUUUGGUCCAGAUGAUCCCUUUUUCGCUAACGGUAACAUUCAAAGAGAGCUUCUCGCUAAGCAGAUUGCGCUGGACUUGACCGAGCAGCUUGUUCAAAAUAUCCCUGAUGACGAAAGCAGCAAUGUCUUCUGUCCAAUCGUUGGUUGUGGUGCACGGAUGAGAUCUCUGGAUGACUUUGAAGACCACUAUGCUACGCGACAUACUGCAUCUUGCUCUGUAUGUUCUCGAGUGUACCCGACAUCACGCCUGCUAAGCAUACAUGUGUCAGAGGCUCAUGAUUCUUUUUUCCAGGCAAAAGCUGCUCGUGGCUUUCCCAUGUACGAGUGCCUGGUGGAAGGCUGCGGUGUCAAGUUGAAGAGCUACAAAAGCAGGCAGCAACAUCUAGUUGACAAGCAUAAAUUUCCAGCAUCUUAUGAGUUCUUCAGAAAAGCUCGUCCAUCAAAGAAACACAGGCAGAAAUCGCAGCAUAAACAAGCAUUGACUAAGACUCAGGAGAUGUCAAGUGCAAUGCAAGUCGAGGGAGAAACAAUAGACGGCCUCGUUUCAGCAGUAUCGAAAUUAACCACUUCGGAGUCUCCUUCAGCAAUCAGCUUUGGCCGUAGUAGGACUCGUGGAUUAUCGUUUGUGCCUCGAGCAGUUAAUCGACAGAGAGGACCAGUCACCUCAACUGGUGGAACAAAAGAGUAGUGGCAUGCCAAAUGGAAUCCUGAAUCAUCAGAAAAUGUCAGGCUCAUAUUACGAAA